CGAAGGGCGGAUAGGAGAGUUGUCGAGAGAACAAAGAAUCCUUCACACAUGCUGAGUGCUGAGAGCCACUGAUUCGCUGAGCGUACGAUAACGAACUGCUUUGUUGAAUUCGACUUCGCUAGCUGUGUUUUCAUCUCUCAUCUCGGGUUGUGCAAAAGAUGGACUAAAAUCCUUCACGACAAUUUAUUCAUUUCGAGUUAGAUUUUGAGGUUACCAAAGUUGUGAAUCAAAACCCUAGUGGAAGUCCAUUAUCAGAGUCUUCAUUGGGAACCCUAUAUAUUUUAGGACGCAGAAAGGAUACCUAAUGAACCUGUUAAUUCCUAAUCUUCCACAACAGCUUAAUUUCUCUGGAUCUUUGGCAAGUCCAUGCUGCCUUUCCCUUCAAGAAAAGCUCUCCCAUCUUUCCCUUUCUCGCUCACCCAUGGUUACACCCAAAGGGACAGUCAUUCGUAUGGGUGGGGGGCCUAGGACUUACCCAGGAGGUGUAUCAAAAUGGCAGUGGAAAAAAAUGCAGGCCAAGAAAGCCAAACAGUUGCUAAAGGCUCGGCUAUGCCGUGAGCGACAGAUAUAUGAAAUGCGCAAGAGGGCAGAGCUGAAGGCUGCGGUUUCUGAGCUCGAGAGACCAUGGGAGGUUGUUGAGAGAGCCCCAACCUUAUUUUCAGUCAAAGCAGAUGAACAAUUGAAGGUAUUAGCUGAUAGGUUUCAAAAGCCCGGUGGGUUCGAUAUGUGGUCAGAGAGAGAUGGACCACAAUUGUUUGAAACCCCAGAUGAGUUGCCUUCUGCAAGAUUUUUUCCCAAAGGGGUUGUCCACAGUAUUAGACCUUAUAGGAGAAUUGAUCCUGAUGAGUUGGAUAGCAUUGAGGGGGGUUCAGAAUCAGAAGCUGACAAGGAUUUUUCAGGUAAUGAGGUGAGGAAGAGAACUCAUAAAUCAUCUGUAAGAAAAUUUGGAGGUAGGUCCUUUGGAGAAAGGAACACUGAGAGAGGGGAGUUAUCUGAUCAGGAAAAUGGAUCAUAUUCUGGGAGUUCUUCAAUGAACUCAGACUCUUUUGCUAAUAAGGGGGUUGAUGGAAAAUUUAGGAAGAGGGGGAAUAGAAGAAAGUCUGUGUCCAGAAACCUAGAUGGUUCAAAUGGAUAUCUAGGGAGAGUUGAAUCUGGAAGGAAGCAGAGAGGGCAUAGUUCCUUUCCUAAUAGUGGCAUUCGUGACUACAACAGGGGGAUUUCACCCUAUGCUUCACCAGAACCUAAAGAUACAGGGUCUGAAGUUUAUGAUAUGAGUUUGCAACAAGAUGGUAGCUAUGGAUUUGCACACAGCGGCCUAUCUGACCCAAGUCACGGGAAAGAUGCUUGAUUCUCAAUUCAGACAUUCUAAGUUAGAGAUGAGUUUUGAUCUGGCAAAUAGGUUGUACAAGGAGGAUGUAAGCUUUGUUAAUGAAAAUAUAUUGCUGUUUUGUUAAAAUAUGUUUAAUAUGGUUACUUUAUUAUAUUACAAUUACAGACCUACUGAUAAAAAUAUUACCUGGCCUGCGUACUUGCAAGAUAACAACAAUUAUUUUGCUGAAAAGUUUUAAAUAUUAACUUUGGCUGA